UUUACUUUGCUACUAUAGAAGUUCUACUGAUUUAGUGAUUUUAUGUUUUUGUUUGACUCUUCAAUUGAAAUCAAAUAGUACAUAAGCCAAUUAAUAGGAUUAUAGUAACUUUUCACGUUGCAUAUGUGUUCAUAAAGUGUAAUAAAUGUGACAGUUGAAUUUGUGCAUAUCUUAAAGAAUUUGUUAGUAUGUUACAUAUGUCUAAAACUGCUAUUAAUUAAUAUAAACAUAUUCGUAUAUAACUACAUUCAACAAUAAAAUGUGCAGCAACGAAAGCCCCCCGCCAUCAAAAGAGUCUCUUACACUCAACUUACCUGCUGUUCACACAAUGACUAGUUUUUUACCAGGCAUAGAACAGUAUCGACUACAACUUUAUCAUUAUGCAAUGGCUGAGCGUAUACGCUUAGCUCAACAACUUCAAACACCGCAGCAACAGACUGUGGCUCAAUCAAAUGCAACACAUAUAGGUAUAUCAGCAAAUUAUCCAACAUCCAUGCCUUUUUAUACAUCCGGAAUAAAUUAUCCCAGAAGUUUUGCCUUAUCAAUGGCUUUGCUUCAUCCACAACAUCAAUCUGUUCCCGAAGAACCCAAGCCUCAGCAUAGUUAUAUCGGUCUUAUUGCUAUGGCUAUUUUAUCGUCACCAGAAAAAAAAUUAGUACUUUCAGAUAUAUACCAACAUAUUCUUGAACAUUAUCCAUACUUCAGAAGGCGAGGACCUGGCUGGCGUAAUUCUAUUCGUCAUAAUCUUUCGCUUAAUGACUGUUUUGUAAAAUCAGGAAGAAGCGCGAAUGGCAAAGGUCAUUAUUGGGCCAUCCAUCCUGCAAAUUUGGAUGAUUUUCGUCGAGGUGAUUUCCGCCGACGCAAAGCACAGCGUAAAGUUCGUCGACAUAUGGGUCUAGCUGUUGAAGAGGAACCUGAUAGCCCAAGUCCUCCGCCAUUGUCUGCGAGCCCCUCUACAACUCAUGGACUUCCGAUCGCUAAUCAAUCCAUUUCGGGAAUUUGGAAUUUACAUGAACAAUAUAAUCAACAACAGCAUACUAUGCAUCAAUUACAGCAAAACUUUAAUUUUCAAUCGAUACGACACUCUACAUUACAGCCAUUAUCAAGAAAGCGUCAGUUUGACGUUGCAUCGCUAUUGGCACCUGAUAAUCCUGAUGCGCAAAUUGCAUUACGUUCUGUAAAGACACGAAAAUUUAGUUGCAGUGAAGAUGAGCAAGAACAAGAUGAAGAGGAAGUAGAUGUGGAUAUAGACGUAGAUGCAGUAACUGAACCUAUGAGACACAGUCCUGAACCAAAUUUCAUAAAUGGGCAUUUUACUUGGGGAACACCGGGAUUAUCCUCUGCGUCAAUGCGACACUUUUCCCCAGAGCAUCUACAUCACCAUCUUCACCUUAAGAAUUACUCCGUAUCUACUAGCACAGCUCUUGGCUCAAACAUAUAAUUCAUUUAUUAUGUCUAUUUAUUAUGAUUCAAUUUUUUUACAAUAUUCCAAAUUCUUUUCUUUCAAUAUUCACAAAUAAUAAUGUACACAAAAUGUAUUUCUGGCAUAAAACGUAUUAUAUUACAAACAUAAAGCUAUAAAGAGAAGUACGAGUAAUUUACCUGAUAAAAGGCAAAAGUGUACGGUUAAUAGUAUAUGUAUCUAUAUAGGUUAUUGCGAUUGAGUAAAAUACAGUGAGACAUUGAAAAACAAGAGUUUUCUAUUUCAUGUAAGUCAGAAUCAUUUAUUAUGAGUGAUGCAUUAAAUGAACAUAAAAAGUAUUUAUUUUACGAUGAAAUUAAAAAUAAUUUUUAUAUUAUUACUUUGAGAUCGCAGCUAAAUAAUAAUAAGAUAAAUAUACAGAGUAUGAAUGACUGUUGAGAAAACGCAUGCGAAUCAAAUUUUGAUGAUAAAUUCUUAUUCCUGUAUAAAACAUAUGUUAUAUUUCAGAAAAUAUUUACUUUGAAUAAAGCGUAUAAAAAUGAAGUGUGAUUAUAAAACA